AGCGCAGAAACGCGUAUCUGCUUGGGAGCAGCGUACGUAAACACAAUAUGUCUUUAUGGAAGGCGUUGGUAACCAAAUGAAUCUUGUGCUCUCGCUGGAAUAACCAAACUGUGUUUAUGACAUAUCCCCGGUCCCAGGCAAGAGCGGGGCUUGGCGCGUUCAUAGCUGGUAGGCACCACCGGUAGCCUUCACAUCGACUUUCACACCGCGCCACCCUCGCACCACAGUCACGAAAGCUACCGCCUAACCGUACACAUCUCUGCGCCCGAAAUCGACCUCGACAAUCAACCUGCACCAACAGCCACCGCAUCGUGCUUGCCGGGAACCUACAAGCAGCUCCCCGCAUCCCCACGUUCGCGCAUACACAUCAACACCAUGGCGGACGUGCCCAUGACAGAUGCUCCUGCGCCCCCCAAGGCGAAGGCCCCUAAGGCAGGUGCCGGCGCAGAGGGCGACAAGAAGCGGUUUGAGGUCAAGAAGUGGAACGCCGUUGCUCUCUGGGCAUGGGAUAUUGUGGUCGACAACUGCGCCAUCUGCCGAAACCACAUCAUGGACUUGUGCAUCGAGUGCCAGGCCAACCAGGCAUCCGCCACCAGUGAGGAAUGCACCGUCGCGUGGGGCAUUUGCAAUCACGCCUUCCACUUCCAUUGCAUCUCGCGAUGGCUCAAGACCCGUCAAGUGUGCCCGCUGGACAACCGAGACUGGGAGUUCCAGAAGUACGGUCGGUAGAGAGGUUCAAGAGACGGUCUUUCGCGCACACAUUUCACUGGAGACAAGGUUGGGGAUAAUUGCUUUAUCCUAUUGUCCGGCAUGCGUAGUACGCACAUGACGAACCGUCCUUGCAGUGACAUACCCAGUCCGCAUGGCGGCAGCGGUAUAUGUCUAAGACGGAUUAUGUAGGCGUCCGGGCAUAUGGUCGGGUUUCAUGAGGUAGCAUAGCACGGGCAGCAGAAGCCUUUGAUGAUGGGCUCUAUAUCAAAUCCUGAUUGAGCGUCCGUUGGUAAUGAGAUGCUUCCCAAAUCAUGGCGUCCGCAUAUCCUCUCUAUCCAACCUUCAACCCAUCAACAUCAAUCCCCCCCACCCCCGCCUGCGCCACAUGCGCGGGCAACCACCCCUCAGG